UGUGUUAAUCUCUAAGGUGCCACAGGACUACCUGUUUUUAAAAUAUACAACCUGCUGUAUUGCUGAUUAUGCAGAAAAUCAACCAAAAAAAGAUGAAGGCCAGUAAAGGAAAUACCUACACUAGAGAGAGAGAGUUUUUGUAUACUUUCAAUGCUGGAAAUCAGUGCUUCGUGCUUACAGUACCUCUCAGAUUUCCUGUGCAAGAGAAUGCCAGCCACUUGCAUGGACACCUAAUGCUCCUACAUGAUUUACCAUGCUUCAUAGAAAAUGACUUAAAACAAUCUCUUAGUCAGUUCAUAGAGGGUGAAACCAUAAAAGAUCAUGAUAGAGAAGCAGAGGUGGCCCUGGAAGCUGUGAAAUCAGGAGAAGUAGACAUGCACCAGUUGGCAAAUGCUUGGGCUAAAGCUUAUACAGAGACAACAUUAGAACAUGCAAGACCUGAAGAACCCAGCUGGGAUGAAGAUUUUGCAGAUGUAUACCACGAUCUGAUACAUUCUCCAGCUUCUGAAACUCUGUUAAACCUAGAACACAAUUAUUUUGUUAGCAUCUCAGAAUUAAUAAGUGAAAGAGAUGUGGAACUGAAGAAAUUACGAGAAAGACAAGGAGCAGAAAUGGAUAACGUGAUGCAAGAACUAGGAAAGUCACUAACGGAUCAAGAUGUAAAUGCAUUGGCUGCUAAACAUUUUGAAUCUCAACAGGUUUUGGAGAAUAAAUGGACCAGUGAACUAAAACAGUCCACAGCCAUCCAAAAACAGGAGUAUCAGGAAUGGGUGAUAAAACUUUAUCAAGAUCUAAAAAAUCCCAACAACACCUCAAUCAGUGAGGAAAUUAAGGUUCAACCUAAUCAGCUGAGAGAAUCUAUAGAAGGAAAUGGAAGACUAUAUGAAGAGCAGAGACAGUUAGAGGAAAGUUUUACUAUUCACUUAGGUGCCCAGUUAAAAACCAUGCAUAACUUGAGAUUAUUGAGAGCUGACAUACUGGAUUUCUGUAAGCACAAACGCAAUCACCGAAGUGGAGUAAAACUUCACAGACUUCAAACUGCAUUGUCGCUCUAUUCAACUUCUCUUUGUGGCUUAGUUUUAUUGGUAGACAACCGAAUCAGUUCAUACAGUGGCAUCAAAAGAGAUUUUGCAACUGUUUGCCAAGAAUGCACAGAUUUCCAUUUUCCUGGGAUUCAGGAGCAGCUGGAAAUUGUGCAGCAGGUUGUACUUUAUGCUAGAGCACAACGCAGCAGUAAAUCAAAAAGACAGAAUGAUUCAGUAAACAGAAAUGGUGGAAAUGAAGAUAUGUCCAAGAACAUUGAACGAAAUCAAUCAAAUAUUUUGCCUGGAGAAUUUUACAUCACACGCCAUUCAAAUCUUUCUGAAAUUCAUGUUGCUUUUCAUCUGUGUGUGGAUGAUAAUGUACGGUCUGGUAAUAUUACUGCUCGGGAUCCUGCGAUCAUGGGCCUCAGAAAUAUUCUUAAAGUUUGCUGUACACAUGAUAUUACUACAAUUAGCAUCCCUCUUCUACUGGUACAUGAUAUGUCAGAGGAAAUGACUAUACCAUGGUGCUUAAAGAGGGCAGAGCUUGUGUUUAAGUGUGUCAAAGGCUUCAUGAUGGAAAUGGCUUCAUGGGAUGGAGGAAUUUCUCGGACUGUACAAUUUCUGGUACCACAGACUAUAUCAGAGGAAAUGUUUUAUCAGCUGAGCAAUAUGCUCCCCCAGAUUUUCCGAGUGUCUUCUACACUGACUCUGACCUCUAAACAUUAACCCAUCUGGAGUAAUAAGAUGUAUGCCACCGGAAGAAAUGAGAAUACUGGUUUAAAUAUCUAGAAUUUCUCCUAUAUUUUUCUAUGAAGUUGUUUAUUUGGAAGUUAAAUUUUAUUGCAAAUUGCAAACAAAAUAAUGUAUAUCCAUUUAAAAAUUCGUAAUGUAAAUUUAAUUAGAAAAAACAAAGUUCUGUCUUGAUUUAGAUAUUUGCAAAAAUCAAAUACAGUCCAUGUCCUUCAGCAAGAUUAAUGUUGAAAGAUUUUACCUUUUUACACGCACAUGUACUGUAAAUGUUUGUGUUUGACCUAAAUGUUAUCUAUAGAAACAUACUAAUUGUUAUAUUUAAGCAUUUACAGUAGCAGGAGUAGAUAUCUAUCUUUUUGGAAAUAUUUUUGUUUUGCCUAGUGCAAUUUAGAAGAGCAUGAAUUAUGUAAAUAAGCCUUCUUAGAGUAACUUUUAAAUAAUCUGGAAACAUUGUAAAAGCAACUGUAAUAAGAUUACCCUGCCCAUGAGAAUAAAAUUGACACCCCGCCAUAUCAGUUACAAAAUGAAAAGUAAAAUAAAAUGAAAAAUAACCAUUAA